AUGGUACUACAAAGGUUGAAGACCAUCUAUCGGUCGGUUCUGUUUCAAAUCGUCAUCGUUGGACUCGUAGCCUUUUGCGAACCCGGUAUCUGGACAGCAUUGAACAACCUGGGAGCUGGUGGAAACGCCAAACCAUUCCUCAACAAUGCCGCUAACGCGUUGACUUACGGGCUCAUGUCCAUCGGCUGCUUCAUCUCUGGAGGAAUCUCGAACAAGAUCACAGCGAAAUGGACUUUGGUCAUUGGUGCUGCAUUCUAUACACCGUACGCUGCUGGCCUAUACUGCAACAACCGGUAUGGCAACGAAUGGUUUAUGCUCCUUGGUGCUGCGCUUUGUGGAAUCGGUGCAUCCAUGCUCUGGGCUAGCGAAGCAGCAAUUGCGGUCGGUUAUCCGGAAGACAAGAAAAGAGGCCGAUACGUCGGCAUCUGGAUGGGCAUUCGUCAGAUGGGCCCGUUGGUAGGUGGAGCUAUCUCUCUGGCACUCAACGUCAAGACCAAGGAGAAGGGCAAAGUCACGUACACCACCUACCUCGGCCUCGUUGCAAUCUCAUCACUGGGCGCUCCUUUCGCCUUAUUGCUUUCGCAACCACAGAAGGUAAACCGAAGUGAUGGCACGAAGAUUCCUUACAUGAAGAAGACAACCUUCAAGACGGAGGCACGCGCUAUCUUCAGACAGCUGAAGAACCCGUACAUGCUCUUGCUGAUCCCCGUUUUCCUGGCUGGGCAGUUCGGCGUGACCUAUCAAGGCAACUAUCUUACCACAUACUUCACCGUCCGAUCUCGUGCCCUAGCCUCCUUUCUUACCGCCGUCGUCGGCGCCCUCGCCAAUCUCCUCACUGGAAUCGUCCUCGACCUGCCCCAAUUCUCAAGACCCGCAAAGUCUAAAGCCGUCUACAUCUUCGUCCUCGUCACAGUAACUGCCUCGUGGAUCUGGAAUGCCGUCGUCCAGACAAGACUCACCCGUAUGGCCGACGCACCUUCCUUCGACCUCGGCGACGGCCCCUUUUUCAACUCUGCCUUCACAGUGUACAUGUCCUUCCGCUUCUUCUACGAGAUCCUACAAACAUACAUCUACUGGCUCAUGGCGGAGAUCAAGGGUGCGCAAGGCGACGGCGACGUUUCGCGUACGACAGGCAUACUGAGGAGUUGGGAGAGCAUUGGUAGUACUAUUGCUUAUGCCAUUGGAGCGGUACAUAUCCCGAACCAGACGCAGAUGAUCGUCGGGUUUGCGCUGUGGGCGUGGACUGUGCCGUUCACGCUGAUGGCGGUAUUUGGGGAUUGGAAUAAGGGUGUGCCGAAGAACGGGCUUGGGAGCGAUAGCGAGAGCGAGAGCGAUUUGGAGGUGCAGAGGGUCGUGACUGCUGAUCAAAAGAUUUGA